CAUCUGACAUCUUUCAUUUCCACAUAGCUUUGAGACUUCGUAAAUAAAUAAUAUUGCUUAAUAUAACUAGAAAAUAAUGGAGGAGGAUGCUAGUGCACUGGAUUCCAUACUGCUGGAAGAGGAGUCCUACAUGCCUCCGCCACUCAAUAGAAUAGAAGGAAUGAAACGUGGCGAAUUGAUCGUAGAAGUUCGUCACAUGUGCAAUAGAUUCCAGGCGAUUACGAACCGGAAGGAUGAGCUAAAGGCCGCCCUGGUGGAGGGCAACAGGCUGUUGAUGGACACCAAAUGUCGAUUGAGCGAGCAGUACAGUCUUGUCCAGCUGAUCAUAAAUCAGAAUGAGAAACUUGCGCUGGAGGCGCAAACGCUGCUGGAGCAGCUUCAACAGGAGGUUGGCAAGAACGAAGCACUGCGUCAACAAGCUCUGGAACAAGAUAUUUCCAAAGAUGCCAUCGUUAGUUGCCUCCUACAGGAGCAAGACGAGCAAAGGUCCUUUUUUAAUAAUAUCAUCACAAUGUGUAACAGGGAGCUGGGUAUUUCCGAAUCGAGCCAGGUGGUCACUUACCUUGAGCAGAUUCUGGAGAGUAAUAAUUGUCCCAUUUGCUUUUCACCUUGGACGGCGGAGGGAACCCACCGGAUCGUUUCUCUAAAGUGCGGCCAUCUGUUCGGGGACAGCUGCGUCCGCAUACACCUGCGUCUCUCGGCUGGUUGCCCCUGCUGCAAGCAAAUAGCGCAUGUUGAGGAUCUGCGCUACCUCUUUGGCAUCCCCGUCCUUUACGCAGCUCCAUCUCAAAAUCUACAGAAUGGUGCUGCCGCAGGGGAAGUGCACAAUGGUGCAUCGGAAGAGGAAGUACCAAAUGAGCGCUUAUAUGAUUGAGAAUUGCAAAAUAUCUUGCAAUUUUUGAAAAAAGAACAAACACCUAUUUUAUAAAAUAUUUUAAGUUCAAAUGCACAUUUUCAUUCGAAAGACCACUAUCAGCAGACUGGGGUUUGUUCGGUCUGCAAUCGAGACACAGUGUGUUAUUUAUUUUUAUUUCACAAUAUUCAGGACCAUUUUCCACACAUGCACCCAAGACGUUGAAAUUGAUGAGUAAUUCUCACAGCUCCAGGCAUUUGUGUUGGAAAAUAAAUGGAAUAAUCAAUUUUCGGUUGUCGCUCUGGCCAAAAGCGUGUCAAUGUUUUCACCAUUUCUUUACGUGUAUGCCGACUGAUUUAAAUAUAUUUAUGUCUUACACCACAGAGAGAAGCUACGUUUUUGGACCACAAACCGCAAGGACAGUGGCUGAAGUAAACUUUGUUUUUCGAAUUUGCGCCGGGGAAAUUGUAUAAAAAUGUGAUUCCCAAACAUUUCAUCGCAACGAAGGACGGGAAUUGGAAUAGGCGACCCAAAAGUAUAAUAAAUAAACUCGGUAGCAAUUCCUUGGAGCGUUCAUCAAAGCAAAAUUGAUAUCAAUCAUACGCACACAACCGCUUACACAAUGGUAUCUGCGUCUAUGUGAUGGCAAAUUGAAACAUUAUAUAAAAUACUGGCCUGGCUAGCCCACAAACUACCCACUCGGCAAAUUGGCCUUAAAAAUAAAACACCAUCAACGCGAGGCUGACGAAGAAAAAACGUAUCAAAUUUAAAGGAAUUUUCAAGUUAUUUUUAGCCGAAGCCCGUUCGUUCCGCAAAGGAACUGAAAAAAGAACAAAGACACGUGGUGGAUUUUUCUUUUCGACUUCAACUUUAAAGCUGAAGAAGCAAAACAAAGGCAGGAAACUGAAAACAAAGCCGCCGCGGCCAGGCGUGACAUUGCUGGAAAUGUAUGCGGCGGAAAAUGAAGUCAUUACUCCAAGAUCCCGGAACCUUGGCUCUGCCGUUUACCCUUUUCGGUAAACCCUAGUUUUUCCCGGGCUUUCCGCAUUCCCCAACGUGUCAACGGCAGUCGUGCGACGCCAUCUCCGUGCCACAGCCACGCAUCGCAUCCUUUGGAUGUCCUGCUCCUCUGACGAUGACUACACCCAACCACUGUGUCGCACAAUAAAAGAAGCAAUAAGGAACACAAGUAACGAUGGUAGCAGAACGCAAGUAGAGACUUGAAUACCCUGCCUGAUAGUAUUAAAUUGUUAUUGUUAGUUUUUGUUUUAGUAUCGCUAGUUAAGUGGAUAUU